AUGAGUGUAAGGGAGCAAGGAGGACAGGAUUGUUGUGGCGCACAACUGAUAGAUGAAAAUGGAGCGUUCAAUGUUGAAGGCCUAGAGAACUUCAUGAGAGCCACUAAAAUGUCAGACUGUGGUGCCACUUAUGCUUCUGUUGCAAUUCUGGGUCCCCAAAGUAGUGGGAAGAGCACUCUAUUGAAUCGUACAUUUGGGACAAAAUUCAAGGAGAUGGACGCCUGCAGGGGACGGAGUCAGACGACAAAGGGUGUUUGGAUUGGAAAUUGUACUCGUAUCGAGCCUUUCAUAAUGGUCAUGGACCUCGAGGGAACAGAUAGCAGGGAAAGAGGCCAGGAUGAUACAACAUUUGAGAAACAAAGUGCCCUUUUUGCUCUAGCGAUUUCAGACAUUGUACUGAUAAACAUAUGGUGCCAUGAUAUUGGUCGAGAGCAUGCUGCCAACAAACCCCUUCUUAAAAUAGUUUUCCAGGUGAUGAUGCGUUUAUUCAGCCCCCGUAAGACUACACUGCUGUUUGUUAUACGUGAUCAAACAAAGACUCCACUUGAGUAUCUAGAGCUUGUUCUUAGGGAAGAUAUUCAGAAGAUAUGGAGUGAAGUUGCUAAACCUGAGGCUCAAAAAAGUUCUCCCCUGAGUGAUUUUUUUUAUGUGGAGGUUAUUGCUUUGUCUAGCUUUGAAGCAAAUAAGAAGCAAUUUAAAGAAGAGGUUGCUCAACUGAGGCAGCGGAUUUCCGAUUAUUUUUCUACAGGGGGCCGCCUGGCUGGUGAUAGGCAGGGAGUUGUCCCUGCUUCAGGAUUUUCUUUCAUUCUGCAGCAGAUAUGGAAAGCAGUGAAAGAGAACAGGGAUCUGGAUCUUCCUGCUCACAAGGUGAUGGUUGCCACUGUUCGAUGUGAAGAGAUUGCAAACGAGAUGCUCAAACGGUUGAACUCUGAUAAGGUUUGGAUGGCAUUGAAAGAAGAUGUUAAAGCUGGUCUGGUACCAGGGUUCGGGGAAACACUUCGCUCUAUUUUAGAAUCCUAUCUUUCAGAAUACGACAAGGAGUCCAUCUAUUUUGAUGAUGGUGUAAGAAAUGCAAAACGGCAACAGUUGGAGCUAAAUUUUUUAGAUGUGGUACGCCAUGCUCAGGCUACCAUGUUGGGCCAUCUAAGUUCGAAGGCACUCAAAAGUUUUAAGAUUGGGCUGAAACAAUCGCUGAACGAUGGAAAAGGGUUUGCUGAAUCUGUUCGUGCUAGUAAACGUUCUUCCAUGUCCGAUUUUGAUCGAGGAUGUGAAGAUGCUUCCAUAAGACACAGUAAUUUGGAUGCUUCCGAGGUCCGCAAAAAACUUGGCAGUGAUAUGGAGACACUCGCGUCAUCGAUAUCCAAAAGCGAGUUGUCAGAAUUGAUGGCCAAAAUUAAGAAACAACUCACUGAUGAGCUCACUGGACCUGUAGAAUCCCUACUGGAAGCUGCUGAAAACAACACGUGGCCUUCAUUGAGAAAACUUGUUAAGUACAAGUCUAAGGAUGCUGUCUUCGAAUUUUCAACUGCUGUUGCUAGUUUUGAGUUAGACAGAUCUAAAUUUGACAGAAUGGUGCAAACUUUGAGGAAGCAUGCAAGAAACGUAGUUGAAAAAAAAGCUAGAGAAGCAGCAGCAGCAGAUAAAACCCUUCCCCGGAUGAAGGAUAGGUUCAAAACGGUUUUCAAUUAUGACAACCAUUCAAGGCCAAGAGUUUGGACUGGCAGAGAAAACAUUGAAACAAUUGUGAAAGAUGCACACUCUGAGUGUUUGAAAAUCCUGUCAAUCAUGGCAGCCAUUCGCCUAGACAAGAAGCAAGAUAAUAUCGAGAAAGUUCUUUCCUCGCUCAUGGAUGAAACUGUCUCUGCUCCAUCUUCCAGAGAUGGAAGCAAUGAGGCUGCUAGUGACCCCCUUGCCUCAAGCAAAUGGGAAGAGAUCUCUCCAAAUGAUACACUGCUGACACCAGUGCUGUGCAAGUCAUUAUGGGAGCGGUUUGAAGCAGAGACCAAGAAUGUAGUGGACCAAGCUAUUUCCUCCCAGGCGGCAAACUUCCGGUGGAGGAACUUCACCUGGGUUCCAGUGGCAGUGGACAUUGCGCUGGAAGUAGCUGGAAUUGCGGGGGUGGUGUUCUUUGGAGAGCAGUGGCAUGCGCCGCAGCCACUUCUGGACACUGGAACAGUGGAGGCGCGUCAUCUCCAUGUUGUACAGAUAGAGCAUGCUCCAUCAAUCAUUUUCAUGGAUGAAAUUGACAGUGUCGGAUCUGCUCGAAUGGAAUCUGGGAGCGGCAAUGGUGACAGUGAGGUGCAGCGAACUAUGCUGGAGCUUCUAAAUCAGCUGGAUGGAUUUGAAGCAUCAAACAAGAUAAAGAGUGAUGUUCAGUCACGUUGUGAUAUCUUGAAAAUCCAUUCAAGAAGGAUGAAUUUAAUGCGUGGGAUUGAUUUGAAGAAGAUAGCUGGGAAGAUGAAUGGUGAUUCUGGUUAA